AUGCAAUCCACCUACAGUCCAGCAAUGCAAUUGACAAACCGCAACCUCUUCCAAACUUUUACCAGCGGGGUCUUGGUGGUUCUGGUGCUGCUAGUGGCGCAAGGAGCAGGGGCGCCACUUACACAGCGAACCGAGUUCACCGCCGGCGCUCUUCGAGUUCGCUCAAGGGUGUACAACGCAGCGGGAGCGCUCGUCGCUCGUACAUCGACCCUACACCGUCCAGCUCGUCACGUAUCACAGGCCCAGUCUCGCGGGGAUACGGCGCUGGAAAGCCAACGAGGAGCAAGGCCAACGCCCGCCGCCCAUCUCCAGGAACUCGAGGCUCGCAAUAUGUUCGGUCGCAUCAUCGACAAGGUCAAGGACUACGUUCUACCCCCCUCACCCGCGCAGGCCGCCGUUAGACCUGUCAAGUACGGUCAAACGGAGUAUGUGAUGAAGACGCAGCAGAGGUAUCAGGAGUUUUUGAGGAAGCAGGAGGAGGCGAGGAGGAAGCUGGAACAACAGGCGAGUGCGGGAGGGAGUGGUGCGCAGCUGAAGCCGCGCCCGCAGAGAGCUGAUUCGGUGUCGUCGGUGGCUUCUACUGAUUCUGGGAAGACACUCGUGUCGAGGCCGGCGACGCCGAAGAGGCAGGAUACCACUGGCUCCAUAAAGCGGCGAUCCUUGUCCCUUUUGCCUCGUUCCUGGGAGUUCGAAUAA